AUGUGUCAUGUCAGCAAUCUCGCUGUGCGAAAGGUUCCAAGGAACAAGAAGCAAAGUAGCAGACAUCCCUUGGAGAACCAACAAAAAACGAAAUACAGUGGCGAAUAGUAAAUAAAUGGCAGCUGUUCCUGGCUGGCCAAGUGUAAAUCCAUCCGAAUUUCCACCUGGUUGGAUUCCUGUAGACCAUUCGGCUACACCGUGUUCCGGAAGUGGUUGCGUGUUGUGGUAGUACUCGCGUGUAAUCUUUUUUUUUUACCUCACCAGGAGUUUGUGUUGUUACCGUUCAAUUUUCCCCCUCCUGUUGCUUCAAGUCCGAGUGAGCAGCACUAGAGUAGGAAAAAAAUUGUACUUGGACCCCCAACGGAGAUCCGGGUUCUCUGUUUCAAGGUCCUUAUCGUUAAAUCGUGCAUUUUGUGGUAUUUGAGAAGAAUUAACGUAACGUAAUCGCUAGCCGAUUGCAACAGGUUCCGGAAAUUAUCGCGCAAUUAAAAUGCUCUGAGUGCGGUGUUCUUGGGUUCUAGAAUAUUUCGGUGUGUGUCCUAGAAAUAGGAUAUUUUUAUUCCACGGUGAAGAAGGUCCCUAGAAGUGGUCCCCAUGAGGAAGAUGGACAAUCGAUUGAACCUUGAUUCCGAGGUUCGCGAGCUGAAGCUAGGGUCGACCUUUACGACUCCGUCGCCAAAAACCGUGUUCCACACGAUAAAGUAUGAUUUCAAGCCGGCCAGUGUGGACGUCAAUAAGCCAGCUUCCCUGGAGGUCGGGAGCAACAAACAGGUCACAGUGACGGUGCCACAUUUGGAUGGAUCCGGAGUACCCAAUACAGUGUUCAAAGGAAACCAGAGGGACUAUAGUAAGAAAGAAUGUGUGCUCAUUAUUGAUCGAGUAACAGGAGAAAUCACACUUGAAAAGCUCAACAGUAAUGUACAGGUCAAAAAGACCAGAAUCGAAAGUAAGGUUGUUCAGCCACCUCCGCCACCUCCUCAAAUCAAGGUCGAGAACUCGACGGCGCGGCUAAGUUCCAAAACCAAAAUCACGACCGGUUCCCGCAAGAGCACUCCCAUCAGCUUCGUGCCAAAACAUUCGCCAUUGCAGAACUCGCCUUCCUACCACCCGAACAAGAGUCCCCUGGCGGCGCCAGUAUGGAACGCCAACAAUACUCAACAGACCUUGCCAAGCAUCCCGAUCAUUGGGCUGGACGAUGGUAAUGAUUUCAUGACGGUGCCUUCGUCCUCUUUGCCAUCGGCUCAGCAGCAUCAACAGCAGCAGCAUCAACAGCAUCAACAGCAUCAACAGCAGCAGCAACAGCAGCAACAGCAUCAACAGCAGCACCAACAACAGCAGCAACAGCAGCAUCAACAGUCACAGUCAAUGCAUCAUGGCAACAAUGCUCACAACACCAGUGGUGGUAGCAGUAGCAGCAGCGGCAGUAGUAGUGGGGCACCCAACUACAACACCAACAACAAUCAUCAUACCAGUAACAACAGCAACAGUAGCAGUAACCAUAACAACCAUCAGAGUGGCGGCGGUGGUAUGCAUGGUCUUGGGAGCAAUAGCAAUAGUCACCUCAACCCGUACAAUAAUCAUCAUGUCGAUAGCAACGUGGAGAUUAAUCUACCGUCGCGGGCACAAGCUUCGCCUCGCAGAGAUACGGAAUUUUCUACUGCUUUGCUGACUUCUUCCAGCUCAGACUCAAGUGGUUCUAGUGACAGUGAUAGUGGCUCCGAGUCGGACAGCACUACCGAAGACAACAAUGAUUCUCCGGCUAAAGAAUCGAUUUUCGGUAUAGGUGCAGCCCGGUCGGACACGCUCAACAACCGGUCGCUUCCUACGCAUCUGCUGACGGAGGAUCUGUGCCUGUCGGAGUCCAACUCCGAUUCGGAUUAGAAGCCAAUCAUCGGCACCUGUACGAAUGCCGCGCAUCAAACAAUAGGAAAGAGCUGUGUCUUCGGACAGCAGAGAGCGGAAAGAAAGCUGGAACACUAUUUUUGUAGGAAAACUAUUUAUAUUGAGAUGAAAAUAUACCAAUCGCUAAGAAAGAGAGGAACUAAUUCUACAAUGGAGACAGACAGUGGGCGGGUUGUUAUUAUCGACUGAUGAAGAAGUAAGGCUUAACAAGAAGAUAAAGAGAGAGUCAUUCUGGUUUUAAGUAUGGCUGCCACUAAUUGCUUGUUCCAAUACGAACGAAGGCGCUGCCAAAUACAAAGCGGAGGCACGGUGACAGUUGGAUUAUAUUUUUCUUUUCGCAACUAUUUCUCAUUCUCUUGGGAGAGAUAUCCGUUCAUUUGUAUGUUAUUUUAUUUUGUUUUCUUUAUCAUCCCUUAGUUCGUUCAUAUUUUCGCGCUAUUUACGGUUAGUUUUUUUUGUGACCUUAGGUACUAAAUAUUUAAAUGAGAAUAUGGUAGUCAAAGAGAUCCUCUGUCUGCUGACAAAUAAGAUACAGCUAUUAUUGGAUGAGAAGAGGAGGUCUAGCUUUUGGGUGUAGUCAUGUCCUAGAUAAAGCUAAUGAGAGAUUGAGAAGAACCUCAACAGCACACUCCAACGCCACGAAUCACAUUUGUGUGUGUGUGGGGUGUGGGUAUGCUUAGGGGAAAAGAUUUAUUCUCAAUACAGUAACAGAAAGACAGAAUGGAUUUUUCUCGUCGUUUGUUUUUUAAAAAAAGCUUUAGAAAUUCUCCACAAGGAAGAGGGGGCUGUUAGCUAAUGUGUACAGCAGAAGACAGAUGUGUAUGCUAAAUUAAUAACUUACCAUAAUUAUUACAGAAAACUACCAUAAACCAGCAAAUAAAAAUAUGUUAAUUGAUUUGAA